AUGGCCGACCACAUCUCUCCUGCUAGCUGCGACUCUCGCAGGCCUUCGACCUCUGGUACUAUUGAGUUCGAGAAGGAGAAAAUCAGAACGCCCGACUUUGGCUUGAGCCGAGCCGUUACACCUGCCUCACUUGAAGCUCAGGGUGAAGCCGCGUAUGACCUCGACGCCGAGCUCCUCACCCUCCCGCCUUCGAAGCGCUGGAGGGCCUACCUCAACCAGCAGAUCGCCGUCGAUACUCUUCUGGAGCUUGAGCUCUACAUGUUGAGUUUCGCUACUGGUAUCCAGGACGCCAUGACCUUCGCUUUCUACGGCGUCUUUUGUUCCAAGCAAACCGGGAACCUCGUCACCAUUGCCCUCUCCGCUUUGGACUCCGACGCUGUGGUUCAGACCGAGACUCACAUUGCUACUUCUUUCGCCUCCUUCAUCACCGGUGCAGCUCUAUUUGGUCACUUCAACAACUUCAUUGGAAAGAAGCGUCGCGGCUGGUUAAUCUUUGUCAACGCCUUGCAAACCAUCAUGGUUAUCGCCGCCUGUGUCAUUAGAAAGAUCUCAGUAGACAAGAAUGGCAUCGACGGAGAACAAUCUGGCCCUGACCCCUUCGCUAUCGCAGCCAUUGCUCUGCUUGGCUUCGCAUCCGGCGGUCAAAUUUCGCUCGCUCUGUCAGUCGGCAUGGCUGAGGUGAACACUACAAUGGUUACUGGCGCUUUGGUCAUGCUCUCGCACGACAAAAAGCUCCUUCACAAACACAACCCAGGCCGCAAUCGCAAGCUGUUCUUCAUCGGCAGUAUCCUUGGCGGUUCAUUCCUCGGUGCCAUUGCGAAUCGCUUCGCACACUCGGCUCUUUCGCUGCUCCUCGUUGCCAUCUGCAAGACCGUCGUCACCUUCAUGUUCCUUUGCAACCGUGGCGUCAAUAAGAAGCCUGGAUCAUCCGAGACCGCCGAGAGCUCUGUGGGCCUGAGUCAGAUCCUCUGGGGCGAUUGA